GGGGAGAGGAUAUCGGAGUGGUGGAUUCGGUCCAAAAUGGCUACAACGUUCUCCACCAACCACACCCUCUCCUUCGUCCGCUCUCGCCCCCUCCCCGUCCCGAAACCCCUCAAAACCCUAACCCUAACCCUAACCCUAACCCUCCCAAUCCCUCCAAACCCUAGCGCGAGGCACGCGAUUAAGCUCUUCUCCUCCGCCCAAUUCCCUCGCAGAUACUCCGCCGCCGUAAGAGUCGCCGAAACCGAUCCAAAGACGAUCGAUGGGGAUGAAGAGAACAGGACCUUAGAGAACAAAUCGGACGCCAAAGUAGAUCGAAAUGAUAUUCCUCCUAUGAAAAACCUCAUACAAUCCUACAAAAGAGCCCUUCUAGAUGGAGAUGAAAAGAUCCUUUAUGAAACGGAGGCACUAAUUUGUGCUGUGGAGAGUGAGACGAACGAUUUGUCCGCGAAAUUCACAAAUAUAACCUCCGAAAUAACUUCUGGGAAGGACGAGUUCCUUCGACUAAAGGCUGAUUUUGACAAUUUUCGGAAGCAAUUUGAGAAGUAUCGUCUUUCUUUUACAUCGGAUAUACAAGUAGAAGUAGUCGAGAGUUUGUUGCCUAUCGUCGAUAGUUUUGAGAAGGCCAAGCUGCAGAUAACACCAGAAACGGAGAAAGAGAAAAAGCUCGACACAAGUUAUCAAGGCAUAUACAAGCAACUUGUGGAAAUAUUGAGAAGCUUGGGUGUUGGUGUUGUGGAGACAGUUGGCAAGCCAUUCGAUCCUUUUAUUCACGAGGCGGUAGCAAGAGAGGAGUCCCAGCAGUUCAAGGCAGGUAUUGUUUCGCACGAGAUCCGGCGAGGGUUUGUUCUCAAGGAUCGGCUUCUCAGACCAGCCAAAGUGAAAGUUUCCACCGGCCUCGCGCAAGCAAAAUCCGAUUCGGUUUCUGAGAAAUCUGCAGAUCAGCCCGAAGCUGCAUCAGAUUCUGGCGGGAGUUCGUCCGCCGCACCCAACAGUUUCUAGUACUGCCUGCAAUUCUACAUUCUUCGGCAUUCCGUUUAAAGAUGAGUUUUUUCUUUUCUAGUCAAAAACCAAUUCGAAAGAUCUUACCAGGUUUUGUACAACCUAAUUGAGCUUUAUAAGAUAAAUUUCUCUCUUAAAAAAUUACCUUUAUUGAAA